AUGGCCGAACCGAGCGAGCCCCAGCCAAAGACGUAUAGGUUGGUGUUCAAGGAAACCCUCGAGACGGUCCCGGCCGCCGUCGCGGAGCUGCUUGAAUCCUACUCCGGCAUCCCCCAGGGCCAACAAAUUGCGCACAUUAUUGAGUGCCGCAAUGAUGCCUACACAAAAUGUCCCUAUCCAUGCAUUGGCAACCUGCGUUUCCUGGACUUUGAUCUCUCCCUCCAUCCACUGUAUGCGGACCAAGUCCUGGGCCCCCUGAGGGAGCCGAGCCGAGAGGGCGAGGCAGAACCCCUUUUCUUGGAUCUGGGAACCUGCUUUGGGCAAGAUGUGAGGAAGCUCGUGUACGACGGCGCGCCCAUUGAGCGCGUGUGGGCGAGCGACAUUGAGCCUUACCUCAUCGACGCCGGCUUCAAAUUGUUCAACGACGACGGGAAACUGCCUCGGGACCACUUCCUGUGCCCGGGCGACCUGCUCUCGGCAGCUCCCGGCGACCGACUGCGUGUACUGGAUGACCAGGUGACCAUUCUCCACAUGACGGCCGUCUUCCAUCUCUUCUUGCUCCAAGACCAGAAGAAAAUAGUGGACCGCUGCCUACGAUUGUUGAGAAAGGAUACCGGCCGUCCCGUGCUGCUUCUGGGUAUGCAAAUGGGGAGUGUGGUGGCUGGGCCGUUCCUGCGCGAGAAUCACUCUGCCGAGUUUAGUCAUAAAUACCGGCACAACGUGGAGAGUUGGGCGAACUUGUGGUAUGAGGUGUGCGGCAGAGAUGAGUGGAAGGAUCGCAUUGCCAAGCUGGAAGUGACGUCUCGGUUACUCCAAAAUGGUUCAAAGCCGAGCUCUGGCGAUAUCAACGUGAGGAGACAUGAGUUUGAUGUUUGGGUUACCUUCAAAUAG